AGCUUUAGUGAAAUAUUUCCGGUAUCUGUUAGAAUACCGGUAGUCUACUGUCCAAAUUAUCAACCUGGCAAGCGAAUUUGUUAGAAAAUAUUUUAUAUCUGACAAAGCAGCGAAAUACGAAAAUAACACACAUCCAGAAGGCUGUCACCUUCCGUGUUAGUAUGACUAUCGGGACCGGUACCAGAAAAAGAAAAGAUAUCAAGUAAUUUAAUUCCAUGCUGACGCUUGAUAUUUGGUCACAAGAUUGAAGGACUAUAGAGGUUUCCCAAACUGCUUUCAACUCAGCCUGAAGCACAAUUCAAGGAAGUUUGAUUGAAAUGAAUAAAGCUGCUGGACACGGACUCUACUCUAGUCUUGGGUAGCAAGAAUAUAUUGCGAUCCAAUUCGCUCCAACAUGAAAACGAUGAAUUGCGACAAAGUUUGACCGACCACCAGAACGCAUUGGAACUUAUCAUGGCCAAGCAAAGACAGCAGAUGAUGAAGUUUACCAAGCACCAAAAGAUCAUGACAGCGCUGCUGAAAGUCUUGCCGAACUCAAGAAAGAGAUGGAAGCAAAAAUCACAUAUCAAGAAAAUUUGAUUGAACUGAACAAAGUUGCUGGACACAGACCAAGGUCUACUUUAGUCUUAGGUAUUCAGCAAGAAAAUAAUGAAAUUCGGUACCUACAACAUGAAAACGAUGAAUUGCGACAAAGUUUGACGGAACACCAGAACGCAUUGGAACUUAUCAUGACUAAGUACAGACAGCAGAUGAUGGAGUUAACUAAGCACCAAAACAUCCAGAUCACUGAAAAUGCUUAUCAAGCAGAAAAACAAUAUCAAGAAGAGAAUAUCGAACUCAUUGAUAAGAUCCAUGAGAUGGCUGCUGUGAUGAAGGAUGCUGCGGAUGUUGAUGGUGAGCAAUAUCUCAGAGAUUACGAAGAAUUAUCCCGAUUGCAAACAGAAAAUGACAUUUUAAGAGAAAUGCUGAUAAUAUCUAAGAGUUCAUUUGGAUCAAGACUUAUAACCACUGAACAGAAAGAUUCUGGAAAGACUGACAAACCAGAGAAUGAAUCUAAAAUGGUGCUCACUGACGAUACUACUAGUGAUAAGACAAAGUUAUACAUGGUCCUAACAUCAUCAAUCCUAAUUAUCCUAAAACUACUCCCCAGACAAUUAUUUUAUUACAAUAAGGAGGAAGUUUAUGUUCCUUCGAAGGGUGCUCAAGUAGUAUGUGUGCCAGGUUCAUAAUUCAUUCAGAUUUUCCUUAUUUCAGGGCUAUUUUGAGUUCGCGACUGUCUGUGUUAGCCAAGUGGAUAUACCCCCUGCCCAUAGGUUUCAGUCCUUUUACACAACUUGAUGUAAUGUAAGCGAACAAAAUUAGUUACCUCCAUAUUGGUACACAUACUUCCGGAGCUUUCCUUACUCUUGUUAUUCCUUGUGUUUCAAUCGAAACUCAGUAUUGAGAAAAGAUAUCUGGUUCACACAAAGUACUCUGCACAAGGCUGUAGGCUGUCCGAAUCCGGGUAUUCGAUUCGGACCG